CAAAAACUGUGGCAGCGAAGGGCGAUAUAAGAAAUAAACUGAAAUGGCGGAAGGCGAACUUGUUGUCGAUAGUGUUAUUUCAAGACUUCUAGACGCUCGAGGAAGGCCGGGUAAAAGUGUUCAGUUGACCGAAGCCGAAGUUCGCGGCUUGUGUCUCAAGUCAAGAGAAAUAUUUUUAAGCCAGCCGAUUCUGUUAGAACUAGAAGCUCCCCUGAAAAUAUGUGGCGACAUCCACGGCCAAUACACAGAUCUUCUUCGCCUGUUUGAAUAUGGUGGAUUCCCACCUGAGGCUAACUACCUUUUCCUUGGUGAUUAUGUUGACAGAGGCAAACAAUCAUUAGAAACAAUAUGUUUGUUGUUAGCAUACAAAGUGAAAUACCCAGAAAAUUUCUUCCUACUUCGAGGCAACCACGAGUGUGCAAGUAUCAACCGUAUAUAUGGAUUUUAUGAUGAGUGCAAGAGAAGAUACAAUAUUAAACUAUGGAAGACCUUCACAGAUUGCUUCAACUGUUUGCCCAUCGCAGCAAUUGUGGACGAAAAAAUCUUUUGUUGUCACGGAGGACUCUCGCCAGAUUUGCAGUCAAUGGAACAGAUUCGGCGAAUAAUGAGGCCAACAGACGUCCCCGACACAGGAUUGUUGUGUGAUUUAUUAUGGUCAGAUCCAGAUAAAGACACCAAUGGCUGGGGUGAAAAUGAUCGCGGUGUCUCAUUCACAUUUGGAGCUGAUAUGGUCAGCAAGUUCCUCAACAGACAUGACUUGGAUCUAAUAUGCAGGGCCCAUCAGGUGGUCGAAGAUGGUUACGAAUUUUUUGCAAAGCGGCAAUUGGUAACGUUGUUCUCAGCUCCAAAUUACUGCGGGGAAUUCGACAAUGCUGGUGGCAUGAUGAGCGUUGAUGAAACACUGAUGUGUUCCUUCCAGAUUCUAAAACCCUCCGAGAAGAAAGCCAAAUACCAAUAUGGUGGACUCAAUUCUGGUCGACCAGUCACACCUCCCAGGGGCGGAGCUCCACAACAGAACAAGAAGGGGAAAAAGUAGAUUGUAGUUUUACUUCGAAAAACUUUGCUGUCUGCAGCAUUGUCGUGCCUUAACAACUUACCCAGUUCGGAUAAGAAACGAAUUAGCAUAUUACAGUCUAUAAUAAAUAUAUCUUGUAAAAUAACAGGGGAAUGCAUUCGAACUCUAGGGUAUAUUCUUCAUACUAUAAAUUUUGGUUUUAAUUUCAAUUUCUGAAUAUUGGAAUAUCUGUUAUGUGAAAUUUUUCACUAUGAAUGUUUAAUUAUAUAUCUAUUGAUGA